AUGGGGCAUCCACUCGUGGUGUCGACAGAAACAGAGGAAGUGGAAAUUGUGGACAUUGACUUCCCAGGGUUCACAGUUAGUGGGUCGUCUGGGUUAAAAAGAUCUGGAAUACAUGACUCAAUUAGCAAUUAUGGAGCAAUUUACAGUGGACAAGAAAUAGUAACUGGAAAUGAAUCGAUAUGGUCUAUUGACGAUGCUGUGGGCGUUUUAGAAAUUAUUGACCAAAUGUGUUCCCUGAAGACCACCCAUGCAGGAUUGAACAACGUAACGAAUCUUGAAAACUUCAAUACGAAAUAUAUGAUAAUCACGGAAAAAACUUAUCUGUACGAUAACCUAACAACUGAGGCUAUGAUGGAGCGAAUUAUUCCGUUUCUACAAGGGGCGACAUAUGAUUGUUCUGAUGUCAUCAUCGGAUGCUUUCUCAAUGAAGAACCAAUCGAUUGCAGAUUAUUGUUUAAGAAGCGUUUCUCAGAAUGGGGUAAUACAUGCAUGUUCAACGGCAUCCCAGGGCAACUGACGAGAAAAGAUUCAUCAAUUCAGACUUCCCUGACCGAAGGAGAGUAUAGCCCAGAAGAAGCUGCUGCAUGGGCGAUCGCCAACUUGGAUCAAGAUAUUGGAGGAGAAAAGAGUAUUGGACAAGAACAACCAAAAAUUAAUGGACGAAUUCGAACCCCAUGGCGACAAACAUCUCCGGGAAAGACGUCAGGUUUAUCUUUUAUCAUAAAAGAAAACCCAGUUAAUAAAGCAUGCGUCCAUGGUGAAGGAACAGGAUUUAUGUUCACUGUAAAUCAUCCUUCCGACGAGCCCCAAAUUAAGCGGUUCGGAAAAUCUAUGCCUUUUGGACACGAAGUUUUAAUUUCCGUCAAUCCUUUGGUCCUCCUGGCUGAUGACGACAUUAAAGAAAUGGAAAAGGAGAAGCGCCAGUGUUAUUUUAGCGAUGAUAAUGGGGCCGCCGAACUGCAAUAUUACAGGAAGUACACAAAGAAAAAUUGUUUCCAUGAAUGUAUUGCAGAUCAAGUCGCUCAAAAAUGCAAGUGUACAAGUUUCGUCGCUCCAGAGGAGAUGUACGACAGAGGAAUGCGAGCCUCGUGUGAAAAAUGUCGACCGAACUGUAGGCAGACCAAGUACACGACGACCACAGCUUUUAGCCCAUUGACGGCAAAACACAUGGAAGAGUAUAGGAAACAAUAUUCCAAGGAAUUGAGUGAUACUGACGUUUUCUCCAUCGUCUACGUCUACUUUGAAAUGGACUCCGUGCAAGCGUCAAGAAGAAGUGCAAGAUACAGCAUUUUUGAGGAAGUUGGUCUCGUAGGUGGAACGAUUUCCAUGAUCACUGGCCUCACCUUACUGGACAUAAUUGAAGCAAUUGUCGUAAUUAUGGCUUUAAUUUGGGCUCAGCACAAAAUAAGGACGCGAAUGAGUCGUAUGGAAAUUGAUUGGGCUAGCUAUAUUCCACGUUUGCCAUGGCUAGCUCCGCUUCCCCAAGAAAUGAUUGAGCUACCAGUAAUUGAUAUCCAGGCAGUCGGCCCCCAAGAAGUUAUUGACCAAGAGACCAUUGAUGUCGAGCCACUGGAACCCCAGGAAAUUCCUGAGCAGCCCAUCAUUAUUGUUGGGACCCCUGGAAAUCCAUUACCACCCAUUCAUCCAUUGGAAAACCUGCCAGGAUUUAUCGUCUGA